AUGAACUGUGAUUCAAGUUCUUCUAGUUCAGGUUCUGAAUUUUUUAAUUAUCUGGUUCAAGAUUACAUAGAAUGGAGUCAGUCCGUUGAUGUUGAGCAACAAAAGAAGAAGAAAUUGUUUAACACUGAAGAUGAUGAGUUCUUUACGCAAAAUUCGGAUGCUAUAGUAAGGAUGGGUGCAUCUGCACUCCAAAAAUGCACAGCGGCUAUCAGGAUGUUGGCAUAUGGUUCAUCCUCUGCUGUUGUUAACGAGUACCUGAAAAUUGCUUUAAGUACCGCUAGAGAAUGCCUUCUUCAUUUUGUCGAAGAGGUUGUUGCUAGAUUUGGACCAGAAUACUUGAGAAAGGCAAAUGCAAAUGACAUUGAGCGUCUCCUACAUGAAGGCGAGCGUCGUGGCUUCCCAAGCAUGAUGGGAAGCAUCGAUUACAUGCACUGGAACUGGUAG